CGAGCACGAGUGACAUUCUGAUCGUGCAUUUCUAAUCAAGGCUGAAGUCUGCCUGAUGCAGAGGGCAACAGGGCGUUAUGCACUCUCACCUUCACCGAGGUCAUCACAAGGCUAUGCAUUGCAGGAGGCUGCAAUCUACUUCCGGGCACAUCAUGUCGAGAAUCGGGAUGGACUUGUCACAGAAUUCUGUUCUGACUUCAGUGUCCAUGACUCUCCCAAAUCUUUUCAUUCCUCGAGCCACUCAUCCAAAAGUCAACAUUUUUACAUUCAAGCACCAUGGUUGAGCCUGUCUCCAUCAUAUCGGGGACCGUCUCGAUAUUGAACGGCACUUUUACAUUUGGACAAUGGAUGUACAAGAUAAGCGGCGUGAGCGCGGAGGUCCGAAAAGCUGUCACAGAUCUCGCGAAUAUCCAAAACGACCUUAAUGAAGCUCGGGAGCUUCGCAGUUUGAAAUUCGAUAUGAAAUCAUCGGAAAGGAAGUACAAUCGAUUAUACCGACAGCUGCAAUACGCGAUCAAGCAAUUGGACAACACUGUGAAGGAGUGUGCGAAAUCAUUACACAACCCAGAUGUAGACUUCGAAACAAGAGGGAAGGUUACCACGGCUCAUCGGAUCGAGUGGGUGCUGAAUGGGAAGGACACCUAUGCAUCGAGGCAGAAUGCCUUGAUAAUAGACCACAAUCGCUUGAUGAAAGCCAUCAGCGCGGUGAAUGCACUUCCUGAUAUGUCACCAAGUUCACCUGAUCUGCUCGCUCCACCGCCAUACUCAGCUGUGUCCAAGAGCGGAGACUAUUGGGGAUCUUUAAGCCCGAGCCAGCGGAGAGCUAUGAGAGGAAAGAGUACAGAACUUAUCGAGGACGAAGAUAGAGGAGAACAAAAAAAUAAUGCAGAGUCGCAAAGCUCUGUUCCCGAGCAAGAUUCAUACAGUUCGAGCAAUAGCACUAUUUCAAGGAAGAUGAGGAAAUUGUGGGGUGAGGGUGAUUCGGCGUUCCAGUUGAACACGCCUCUUGAGACAAUAGAGAAUAGCGUGGAAGAGGAGUAUGUAACUUCACGACAUCAUAGGAAACGCCAUAGACGAUAGUUUUAAGAUAGUAUCAUGUAUUUGACGCAGACAAUUGUACUUAUAUUAAUCUAACUCCUGCCACCUUGCGAC